AGAAGUUGAAGAUCUCAAGUUAUGAGGAAAGAUGACAGCACAGGCUUGCAUUUCAACCGGCGUUUAGACCUAGUUUGUAUGUUGACCAAUGUUGUGCCAUGUCUAAUAGCAGAUGCAAUGAUGGCCAAGAUACUCCUUACAAGCAACAGGCAGCGCUAGAUCCAACGUUUCAACAAUGUGCCAACUCUGUUUACCUUCAAGAUGUUCCAGCCAGUCCAAACCAUUCGGUUUCUUCACAAAACAACUAUGUAUCACAUGAUACCGGUGCAAUCUUGCUGUGUUCUGAGUCGCUGUCUUCGACGCAGUCUGGCGAUGACUCCCAGAAACUGGUGCCGGCCAAGCAGUCCGUUGUGUGGAACCGGGUCGACCACCCCAACAACCGGACCACGGUGCAGUAUGCACUGAUUAUUGGCAACAACCACGUGGACAUCGGCUCGCACCACAAGUUCCUGAAAAACAAUGUGCUCGUAACACCGCUGACCACCGACAAGGAGAAUAACAUUAUCUACCCGAGCCCUGUACUGGACUGUCUAUCCACGGACCAUGACGAGUGCCAGGGCAAACGGAUGAACAACUCGGAUGGAUGUGACCGAAACCGAAUCAGCAGUUGCGCAGUUACAAGCCAGGAGGGUGGUUCUCGUUGGUCGCCGGGCGGUGUUGGCGCUGUGAGUCAGGCUCACAACACUGCAGCGGCACCACCUGCAGAGGGAAUGCUCAGUGGCAGGUCGACUACAGGUCACGGUCACGGUCACCAAACACAGAGCGAUUCCCCGAACACGAUGCUAUCGGCUGGAGCCGUACCCCCAGUGCCGUCUGUCGGCGUCUUCCGUCAGUCGGCGAGCGUGGAGCCCGGACAAAGGCUGUUGUCCGGCGGGCAGUUCAUAAGUGCUGCCGGCUCCCCCCUUGGACCUUACUCCCCCCUGUACAGUGUGCACGGACAGCCCACCCACAUGACUUCGAUAUCUCCUUACAGUGCUUUCUACUCACAGUAUCCGCACGGCGCUGCUGCUGCUGCUGCCGCGGCCGCUGCUUAUUCCCCCGGGACGAUGCUGGCUGCAGCGGGGCACUACCCGCACAUAGAGUCGUAUUCAGCCGUGCUGGCCAGCAUGGGAAACCAGGUCCAGCACGGAGGCCAGUCUCAGCUACCUCGUUCCCCGUUCCUGUCUGGCCACCUACCUCAGUUCUCGGCCCUGGGACCGCCGCCACAGCCACAGCAGCAGCACCGUGUGUCAUCCUCCGCCGGGUCCCCGGGACCGACCCAGAACAUUCACCAGACGUCUGCCCACGGAGCGGGGGCGGCAUCAUCGUCUCCUGCCAUGGUGGGUCACUCUCCGGGAGAGUGCCUGGCCUCGCCCAAGUCCGAGUCACGCGACUGUGAUAACCGAUCUCAGCGAGGCUCGACGAGCAGUUUGAGAGAGGAGAAGAGUUCCAGUCUGUCUCCGUCGGCAUCAGGUGUCCUCGCCACGAAGAGCUCCACCGCGCUGCACGACUCCCCGAAAGGAGGACAUUCAGAGCAGCAUGGAAACAAAGACUCGUUCUAUAAAGUGCCCAGUGGGAAGGAAGGCAGCCUCAAGCACCGAAUACUGACCCGUCCGCCAGACUUGGCCCCCGGAAACGGGUCGCAUGUUGCGGAUGAAUUCAAGUACCAACAACACGCUGCGCCGCUGGACUCGCCACUUUCCAAACGUGCUAAGUUGAGUCAGUUCACUGAGGGAAUGGCGGGGCACCCGGAUCAAGCCCCACCGGUGGCGUCUUCUUCUUCGUCGUCUUUGUGCCGAGACGGGAGACAGGUGGGGCAGUCCGGGCAGCCCCGCUCUCCGGGGUCGCCCCCACCAAACUUGCCCUGCCCCCCGCCCCACCUACACUACCCUCCCCACUUCAUGAAAGGUUCGAUCAUUCAGUUGGCGAAUGGGGAGCUGAAACAUGUGGAAAACUUACAGACUGAGGAUUUCGUGAACAGUGCGGAGAUCAGUGCCGACCUGAAGAUCGACUCGAGUACGGUCGUUCGGAUAAAGGAGUACCCCGAGCGGUCCACUGCUGUGUUGGGGUUCUCUGUGGGCGAACACAGGGUCCAGGUAACAGUAGAAGCAACUUCUGAACAUCCUUUUUUUGUGUUCGGACAAGGUUGGUCGUCUUGUUCGCCGGAGUGGACACUGCGACGGUAUGGACUUGAGUGUCACAAACUGUCUGUAGGCGACGUGUGCAUAUCCCUCACUCACAAAGACGUUUCUCUAUGUGCAGCUGAAAUUAGCAAGCAGCAGGCCUCGGAGAUGAGAGCCUCCCCUUCAGUGACUGCGGACAGGUCGCCAAAAUCGGAAAAUCCAAAUCAGGGACACUCAGUGACGUUUUCCGAAAACCGUGACGAACAAAAUGAAUCCAACAAAUCGCCUGGUCGUGGUUCCGAGAACCGAGAAAGUGAAUCUUUGGACUCUGAUUCGCGGAAACGGCGGUGGAUGGCGUCGGAUUGUCGCAACAAUGAAUCGGAAUCAGACCAGAUGCCUUCGAAGUCAGCGGACAACGGAAAUUCUGUGACAGAAAAUUAAUCAACAUAGUGCUUUUAUUAUAUAUAUAUAUAUAUAUAUAUAUAUAUAUAUAUAUAUAUAUAUAUAUAUAUAUAAUAUGUAUAUAUAUAUAUAUUAUGCUAAUAUCAGACUGUUAACUGUCACGACGAAGUUGGCCAACUCGACAGGUUGCAUUGUAAUUUCCUCAACUCCUUACAACGGGAGAGCUCAGAUUAACAGCUAAUCAAGUCUACACUGAGAAUCUAGUUGUAAGAGCACUCAGACUACCAAAUGGACAGUCCUAGAAGUCAUAAGAGAAGAAAGUUGUACAACUUUGUCAUGGCAGUUGGUAGUCAGAGCCUAGCAUUAGUUCAGGGAAAUUUCACACCCGUGUUGACAGCUUAAAAGUGAUGACUUUUUUUUCUUGCUGAGACAAGUUUUUAAUUCAUGUUUUUAAGUAUUUUGUAUAUACGUGUAUCAGUGAAGUUUGUGUAAAAACCCUGAGCUACAAAUGUUUUUAAAAUCCAGUUGUAAGUACAGUUGUUUUACUGUAUGGUACGUAACUGAAAUAAGUCUCAAAUAUGUGAUAUAUUUUUUAAACUACGAUGUUUUUACCAUAAGAGAUCAUGUGACAUGCUUAUUGAAAUAGGAAAAUAUUUUUUCAGUGUUACAUGUUGGCAGAAAAAAGGAAGGAUUGCUAUUAGGUACUGAAAGGGCUGUUUUAGAAAUAAUAACUUGGCAAGGAAGGCCAUAUUUUUCCCACCUACAAAAUAAAAGUUAAUAAUUUUGCA